AAAAUUUCAUUUAGUGAAUCCCAUAUUUUCGAAGUUGAGAAAAAAAUGGUGAAACAACGCAAGAAGAGGAAGAGAAACCUCGAAAACGACGACGAUGAUGACGAUGAAAAUGGUAAUGUUGACACUAUGUUUCCAGUACUACUAGCAUCAUCUGCUAAUAAGAUACGCACUCCAUUUACUCGAUCAAUCUUAAAAAAACAAUUACAAAAACUUCAUUCAGUUCUUCAAUCUCAACCCAAACCUAUAUUUAACAAGCCAUCAAUACUCUCAAUUCUCCCAGUUUUACUUAACAAAACUCUGAUUUAUCCUUCAAUUACAUGUCUCAUUCUUGAGAUUAUUGGUUUUAUUUCACUCACUUCAAUUGAAGAUAAUCAGAGAAUUGCCCUAGAUGCUGAGAUUUUGAGAGGUUUAUUGAAUUGUUUGAUGGAAUGUAAAUCUAAGAAGAAAGUUUUGGUUUCUGUUUGUAAUGCGGUUCUGGAUGUGUCUACAACUUGGAUUGGAAGGGCAAAGCUGUGUCAAGCAUUUGCUGUGCAGAAACUUAUCUCUGUGUUUCUUCAGGAUGAUGCUACUGCAAAGCAUGUUGUUCAGUAUUGUAUGGGAAAGGGGAGUAGUGGAGUAGAUGAAUUACGGGUAUUAGUUCUCGAGGCCACUAUCACUUUAAUCAACACUUGUAAUUUGAAGCAAUUGACUGAAAUUCCAAAGGAGUUGGUUGAGAGCUUCUUGAGAUAUUUAAAGGAGGCGUGGGUUAGUUUGCGGGAUGAAAUUAUUCUGAAAAAUGUGGGGGAAUGUGGCAAAGAUGGAAAUAUUCGUCUUAGUAAUACGAGGGUACAUGAUUUAGCUGAAAGCAUAUUUAGGCUUUCUAUCAACAGGAGUGAUUGUUCUACUAAUUGCACACCUGAGGUGGUCAGAAGAAACAUUUUUGGUCCAGAACACUCUGAAUUUGAACAAUUUAUGUUAAAUUACUGGGAGAAAUCACCAUUCCUUUUCACGAAGCUCUCAAAGCCUUUAAGUGAUUGUGGAGAUAGUUUCAGUUCUCUGUUUCGAUCCUUUAACUCGAAAAGAACAACCAGUGCUGUCAUUUCGUCUGUAUUAAGAGGACUAGUUUCUUGUCCACCGCUCCCAUCAGAUGAUCUAAACAUCAUUAGUUUCCUAGAAGAGGUUAAAGGUGGAUUGGGUUUCCCUAUGAUCUACGAGCAGGACAUUCGCGUCCUUAAAGCGGUGGGAUUAAGUAACACAAAAGUGAAGAGGGAGAUUCAUUAUCACAAGGAACUUACUGAUUCGACUGUCACGACUGAUCAUAAGAUGGUUGAUGUGCACAAGUGUGAAGAAGCAUUUUUAGAGGGUUAUACAGUUGCUCUGCGUGGGAUGGAAUUCCGCUCAGAAAGUAUUGCUGCUAUUGCAGAUGGGUUGGCAGUUUUAUUUGGUCAACCAUCUGUAGGAGCCAAUGCAUACCUCACCCCACCUCAAUCUCAGGGUUUGGCUCGGCACUAUGAUGACCACUGUGUGUUUAUCUGCCAGCUUCUUGGACAAAAGAGAUGGGUGGUUUCACCACGGCAAACUUCUCUUCUACCUCGAUUGUAUGAACCUCUUCGUUGCUUGACUGGUUCAGAAGAUGGAAUUGAUGCCUUUGAGUGUAAACAGUUCUUGCUUCAAGAAGGUGAUAUUUUAUAUAUACCCAGAGGUUGUCCUCACGAGGCAUAUACCGUGACAGAUGAUGAUGUGCCUGAGAAGGAUGAUGUGUCUACUGGAUCUUCCUUACACUUGACACUUGGAAUUGAGAUCGAGCCUCCAUUUGAGUGGGAGGGAUUUGCGCAUGUUGCACUUCAUUGCUGGAACCAGAAACGACAAGUCAAUCCAUGCAUUAAUCAACUGCUUGGAGGUCUGAACUCCGUUUACGUAUAUCUUCUGCAUAUUUCGAUACAGCUAAUUGGUUACCAAGAUUCUGUUUUCCGAAAAGGUUGCAUGGUUGCCUCAUUUUCACUGCCACAAAAUAAGAAAGAAAACCAGCUGAGUGAAAAACUGGAUCUGGACCAGAGAAAAACAUUUAGUUAUAUUGUAGACUGUAUUGACAAAGAAGCAAACUUCUUGAAAGCAUUCCAAUGCGUGGAAGAAGCAAUUCAAGAGAAGAAUGAAGAGUGGUUUCAACGAUUGAGGUGGCUCCAUCAUCUUGAUCAUGAGGGAGUAGCAGAUGAGGGUUUUGACUGGACUUCCCAUCUGGAAGGAUUUGAAAACCUUCUGCGUCUAUUAUAUGAGGACAGAGAAGAUGCAGAAGCUACAUUUACCCUAGUUAAGUCAAGUUUCUGCAAGGCCGUGGCAUUUGAGAAUGUCUGUGAAAGCUUUGAAAUGCUGCUUCUGAAGUACAAAAGGACUAGAAAGCACUACAUGAGUGGGAUGCUUUCACUGCAUUGCUCUUGAGUAAGGUUCAAUAUGUAUAUACAAAUGAAUCAAUAUUGUGUCAGAAAUUUGAUUUUGAAUAUCAAUGAUCCCAUCGAGUUUUCUCAACAUUGGGGAUCGUUUCUUCAUCUCGCUGUCAUUGCCAGGUGCAGCUGUUAAUUUUGAGAACUGUUGAAGUUUAUAUGCGACUCUUAGAUGGGAUUGCUAUUGGUUUUCCGGAAAAUUGUUCACAUUAUUAUGCUACAAUAGCUUUGCGGGCACAUCGGCACGACGGAAAAAUCCAUUCCAUCGAAAUAUAUGAACUACAUUCUUAUACCAAAAAGAAUAAAUUAUGAUACAUUCUAAGUUGGAAGGGAUCUUUUUAUCUCUCCCUUCACAUAAAGUAAAGAUAACAGGUUAACUUCUUUUCUAUGGUCUGGGAUGUUUUGGAG